GCCACCUGUCAGUGUCCAUCAGUGCCAGCUCUCAGUGCUCAUCCAUGCCACCUACAAGUGCCCAUCAGUGCAACAUCAAUUCCACAUAUCAGUGCCUACCAGUGCACAUCAAUGCUACAUAUCAGUGCCCAUCUGAGCUGUCUUUCAGUGUCACCCAUCAGUGCCAGUCAGUGCCACCUAUCAAUGCCAAUCAGUGCCACCUAUCAGUGCCAUGCCCAUCAGUACCACCUAUCAGUGUCCAUCAGUGCAGCCUAUCAGUGCCCAUCACUGCAGCCUCAUUAGCGCACAUCAGUGAAGGAGAAAAAUCACUUAUUUACACAAUUGUUUAA